GCUGCUCUGGUCUGUGGAGUUUCUCCAUGACUACAUUUGCAGCGAGAAGGUCUCGUACAACCUGAGUGGUAGCCAGUUGAAGAUCAUCGUCACGCGGCUCCUGGCCAAAAGGCGCAUGGUCUACUACCUCUUCCGAAAGUUCGACGGCCCCGAGAAGGUCUUGCUGAAGCAUUUGGGCACCGCCCAGGCCUUCCGCGACAGCGGUCUCAACGGCACCUCCUGCACAUGGCUGGCACCACUGCCAGAAUACCAGCAGGAUGUCGCAAAGUUUGCAGCAAAGCUGCUGCGCGGCCAGAAAGAGCUCGACAAGCUGCUGGACGAGGUGCUGGAUGUUGAUGCGUUUGCGUCAGCGGAGGCAAUGUCAGGGGCGGUCUCGGCAGACUCCGCAACCGGCUCUGGCUCGGCCGUCUUGUCCGACGCGGCACCCUCUGACCCCUGCGCUGCCCCGAAGGAGCCGGAGGAGCCGGAGGUGCCGGACGUGCCGCAGGCAACGGCCGAUGAGGCGACAAAGAUGGAUUCGGAUCAUGAGGGCCCUGAAAUCGCCCCUCAGCGCUUGGAUCGCUUGAUGAAUUUCAAGCUGCUGCAGCUCCCACCCCUUGUGACGGACCUCCUCAACCGGCAGCCUGACGACGUGAAAUUUCAGGAGGUGAUGGAUGACGCUUUGAUGCGAGCUUCGGCUGAGCAUCCUAGUAUCCUAGUAGCCUUCUGUUGGGCGCCGCUUCCUUGCAAGAUUUCUUUUUUACGACCGCCACUGCCAACACCAGGCCGCAACAUGUGGGUGGCCUUGCAUGUGCGCCCCAAAUCCACGGACGAUUGGAAAGCGGCGCUUGAGGCGUUGCCUGAAGGCCCCAAGCUGUUCAGGUACGACCCCAAGACAGGGGUGGUCAAUGGCGGCCAAACCGCGGUCUGCCCCAUCUACAGAUUCAAGCCUUUGGCCGGGAACGAGUUCAAGAAGGUCAUGGGGGCCGUAUUCGGAGACCUGGACAAAGCAUCCUCCAACAGAGUCAUGACCGACAAGGACAUCGUGAUAAUCCAUGAUGGCAGGGUCUCGACAAACGCGAAGCUCAUCAAGACGGUCUGCAAUAAGGUGAUCAAGAAGAACAAGGGCUUUCUGCCUGCACGCCCGGCCUCCUUCGCCACGGUCUACCACAACAAGGAGUUCAUGCCAGGUGGCUUCGCCGCGGCGAAGCGAACAUCCUCUAUGGUUACGUUUGCAUCAUACCUCCCUGAGGCGGUUGAAACGGUUCAGGUGAUUGCGUCCAAGGCCAUGAAGCUGCCGAUCCGAAAAAGAAAGCACUGCGGGGACGGGAGCUCCCUCGACCGAGCCUGGAGUGGCAUAGGUCUGAGAGCUGAGAGCAGUCGCACCACAAGCUUCAUCUCCGAGAUGGUGUUGCUGCAGUGCUGCAAGACUGAGGCGGACGGCGGCGAGAACGCGGAGGGAGGGGAUGGCGAUGGUGGCCGGAGAUCCUCGGGAGACGAGUCCGAGAACGAGCAGCCCGCACAAGAGUCUGCCCUCGAGCUCUUUGCCUGGGAGGCGGAGGAGGCGCUGCUGCGCGAUAUCUUCUCGGUCUUCGACCCUCAGAUCUCCACGCAGGGCCGGCCAUCUGUGAUUGUGGACUUGAACGCUGGCUUCAGCAGCGCCCUCGCCUGCGCCCGUGACCGGCGACACUAUCGCGGCUUUGUGCCGAGCGAGCUUGUUCGCAGCGUGAUGCUGCAAGGCUUGCACUUGGAGAUCUUUCUGGCAAUGCAGAACGCGGCGCCAGGCUUCACUCGGUCUGUUAGGGUGCUGAGCAGAGCUGAGUCCUUGGGAGGCGAUGGCUCAGAGGUCUCAGCCCAGCAAAGCACCGCGCGCGGUUCAACCCAAGAUCAAGACGAACAGGAGGAGGAGCAUGAGGAGCUCUCGGA